AUGACAGAGCUUCACCAGGCUGUGGCAGCAGGCAAUUGCGAUUUAGUGGACGAGAUCCUCAAGAAAGGGCAGUGUGACCCGAAUGGCAAAGAUGCAGAUUGGAAUGACCGGACCCCGCUGCAUUGGGCAGCAUCCAAAGGAACGUCACGGAUAGUAAAACGACUCGUGGAGCACGGGGCUCGCCUGGGCUUGAGAACAGACGCAGGGUGGACCCCAGCUCAUUUUGCUGCGGAGUCGGGGAAGCUGGGGGUGCUGAGGACGCUGCACUCUUUACACACUCCUAUGGACGCUGCAGAUCUCUACGGGGAUACGCCGAAGCGGAUGGCGGAGAUCUAUGGUCACAAAGAUUGCGUCAAGUUCUUAGAAACGGCUGAAGUAGAGUGCAGGGAGUAUCGCCGGGCAGCAAAACUAAAGGGAAUUCAGUUGGAUGAAACCGAUGAAGAGUGGGAGCUGAAGAAGGACAAACUUUUGAAAAGUAAACCGCCCACUCAGAAAAAACCCUCCAAAAAGUGUAUAAUUCCACCAACUAAAGUGAAGUCUACCUACUUAGGGUAA